CUCGCGUUAACUGGUUACAGAUGAAGCUAAGGUUUAAACGCGUUGUCCGUCUUUGUAAACCGUUCACUCCCCUGCGCCAACGUUUAUUGAGGAAAUCAGCAUUUUUACCUCGCGCAGACACAGGAGCUGCUGCUCCAGAAUGUGGUAUGGAGGCUCCCAAUAUAACCAAGGUGGUCCUGCUGGCCUGCGGCUCCUUCAACCCCAUCACCAACAUGCACCUGAGGAUGUUUGAACUGGCUCGAGAUCAUCUGGAAGACACUGGUCAGUACAGGGUGUUGAAAGGCAUCAUCUCUCCAGUGGGUGAUAGCUAUCAAAAGAAGGGUUUGGUUGAGGCCUCCCAUCGUCUGGAGAUGGCCAAACUGGCCACAGAGAACUCGGACUGGAUCACUGUAGAUUCCUGGGAGAUGGAGCAGCCUGAGUGGGUGGAGACAGCGAAAGUUGUCAGGCAUCACUAUGAGGAACUGCUUGCCCUGGAGCAGAAGAGCGAUGACACAGAUACAGUUAAAUACGCCAAAAAGAGACGCAUAGAGGAGAAUUGUUUUCAAUCUUCAUCUCAUCAGAAAAUGAGAGACGGCCCACAGCUGAUGAUGCUGUGUGGAGCUGAUGUUCUAGAGACCUUUGGGGUACCCAAUCUGUGGAAGCAGGAGGAUGUUGUUGAGAUUGUUGGCUACCACGGUUUGGUUUGCAUCACCCGCAGUGGCAAUGACCCCCACAAGUUCAUCCACCAGUCAGACGUGCUGUGGAAGUAUCGCAAAAACAUCCACAUUGUCCAUGAGUAUGUGACCAACGACAUCUCUGCCACCCACGUGCGCCGGGCGCUUCGCCGAGGCCGGAGUGUCAGGUACCUGCUGCCAGACGCCGUGGUUCACUACAUUCAAGAGAGCGACAUUUACAGUGCAGAGAGCGAGCAGAAAAAUGCUGAUGUGGUUCUAGCUCCUUUUCAGAGAUACACAGGAGCUUCCUCAAGUGCCUACUUUACACAUGCCUCCAGGACCCUCACAAAACAGCAUUGUCUGUGCAUCAAAACUCCUUACUCCACGAGUGUGAGCACCAGAUUUUAUUCACACACGGACACGCACAUCUUAGGGGUGGAAAAAGGAGUCAUCAAAAUGCCCACUAGUCUCUGUGGCACAUGGGACAUGGUCAGCAAUGUCAACUUUGAGAGCUACAUGACUGCACUGGGCAUCAGCCUGUGUGUACGAAAGAUCGCUCUGAAGCUGAAGCUGAGGAAGGUAAUUGAGCAGCAGGGGGACCAGUACAUCCUCAAAACUCUCAGCCACUUCCGUAACUACACCGUCUCAUUCAGAGUGGGCGAGGAUUUUGAGGAGUUCACCCAGGGACUGGACAACAGACAUGUCAAGUCACUGGUGUCAUGGGAGGGCAAUAAACUGGUGUGUGAACAAACUGGAGUGAAGAACAACCGUGGAUGGGCUCACUGGGUUGAAGACAACAAACUACAUCUGGAGUUGUACUGUGAAGGGGAAAUCUGCCAGCAGGUUUUUAAGAAGAAUGGAACCUAGUGAAGAAGACGGGAUUUUCCUUUUUUGAUAAAUGACAUUGUGUGUUAUAUCCAUUGUUUCAAAACCUUGACAAAUAAAUAUUUUCUCAGUCAUGUAAGGAGAAAAUACUGUGUGUCAUGUCAGGGUUGGAUUGACACCAGUAGAUGGCGUCCCUGCAUUACUUUUGUCAGAUGUUGGCUGUGGCUGGUCCAUUGUACUCAGUGAGCACUGAGCAUUUGUAUUUCUCUUCAGUUGGUUGACAAUGAUCCAUGCUUUUCAGGUGCUGACUUUUUGUUGUGGAUAUCUCUCUGAUACAACCUUGCUUUACAGAGACUUGAGUAAUGGUUGAGCUUUUUGUGGUCUAAGAAUGUGUUUUCAAAUAUUGUGUAAUAAAGUGGUCUUUGGAAA